AUGGCAACUCGAAUCCCCCGCGCAGCUAACAUCUUGAAGAUGUGGCGGCACGCGAUUGCAGUGCGCGUGGGACGCUUAAACGAGGUAGAGCAGUGCACUAUACGCUCCCCCCGUGCGUCGCUCGGCUUCUCCCCUCUGCGACCCAAGCCCGUGGCUAAGCCGCCCAGCAAGAAGCCCAGGCCCAGGGAUGUGAUGGGUACCGCUGCUGCUGUGAAGCCCAGAGCGGUGCACAGCGGUCAAGCGACCGUCGCAGCUGCAGCAGCCAAAGCCACGCCAGUCAAGGCGACGCCAGUAAAGGCGACGCAAGCCAAGGCGACGCCAGCCAAGGCGACGCAAGCUAAGGCGACGGAAGCUAAGGCGACGCCAGCUAAGGUGACGCCAGCCAAGGCAACGCCAGCCAAGGCGGCGCCUGCUAAGGCGACCCCAGCGACACCAGCUAAGGCGACACGUGCAAUCAAUGCUGCCGUGGUUGACGUGAAGGCUGCAGGUGCAAGCAGCCCAGCAGUAGCAGCAGCAGCUCCCCUCAGCCCAAAGGCGGGUGUUGUUGGCGGGUCUGGAAUACCGAGACCUGCAAGCAGUGCGGCACCAAGGAGGGUCGCAGCAGGAGCAACGGCAAGUGGCAUUCCCAAGCCGGGGAAGGGUGUUGUGGGAGAGAUGGGAGGAGAGGUGGGGGAAUGUGGUGAGCUGGAAUGGGGAGGCAUGGCAUGA